CUUGUCCAAGUACGUGCACUAGUUGUUCCAUACCAAACUUCAGUACAAAUUCUACACGCGACGAAGUGCAAUGUUCUACAUGCACGACCGGACAUGUUCUCGAUAACGGCCGAUGUGUAAAAGCUUGCUCGGCCGGAAAAUUUGUUAGUCCAACUGAUCAAUUUACCUGCAUAGCCUGUGAUACUACUUGCGCUACAUGCAACGGUCCAUCAGCAUCUCAAUGUCUCUCCUGCUCCAACCCUACACAAUUUUCUCUGAAUGGCGUAUGUUCUGCAAACCCCUGUCCUUCGUCUUAUGUUGCAAUAAACACAACUUGCAUAAAGUGUCAUCCCGAUUGUUUGGAAUGCACAGGCCCUGGAUUAAAUCAAUGCACGAAAUGUCCACCGAAUCGUCCUAUACUUACUAAAGAAGGUCAAUGUGUUGAGGUUUGUCCAAUAGGAACUUUCGAGGAUUCAACAGGAAAAUGUCAAGCUUGUGAUCCUUCAUGUUCUUCGUGCACAGGUCCGAAAAAUAGUCAAUGUCUCGGAUGCACGGAUAAAUUGAAAAUUCUAACGAAUGGAACUUGUGGUGCUGGUUGUUCUAGCGGUACUGUGAUGCUCAUAUCCGAAAGAUUGUGUUAUAAUUUGAAUGAUAGCUUAAUACCUUCGGAUAAUUUCUCUGGCAAAAAUGAUAAUUAUUCUAGAAGAAAAUUAACGUGGUGGGAAAUCUUAUUAAUAGUAAUAACAGUAUUCCUUUUGUUGGUAUUGUUAAUAUUGGCGAUUAGAUUUUUCGCGGUGAGGAGACGAAGAGUAAAAACCAAUGAUUUCAGAGAUCAAAUUGACGAAAUCGCUGUGGCUAAGAAGAUGAAUGAUCUCAUGAAUUCAACCAACAAUUCGUUGACAUCAUCGCAAUCGUCAGACCCGUUCGACCACCAAAAACAACUACCAAGACCUGAGAUUCCUCAUUUGAGAAACGAGUUUGAUCUCGAAUCAUCAGUGGCAUUUAAUAACAACGGUUCUGAUCGGAACCAAUAUCAAAGAGGAAGAACUUCAUAUUUGGGAAAAGAUUACCUAAAAUGGAAAGUUGGUAAGAAAUUUGGAGAUUCGUUGGUUGAAGAGGCAUCAAACAAUUAUAGUGGAAAUUGGGAUGGAUUCAACGCUGUGCUCGCAAGUGGAAGUCGAAGCUCAUUGAAACGAUCAAGUAGUGGUGUACGAAGGAGCGGAAAUGUCAUAAUGGGAAGAUUUGGAUAUACGAAUCAGGUUAGACAAAGUGGGAUGGGAAACAUCAGGAAUCCUUUUGGAGACAAUAGCAGUAGCAUUUACAGUGUCAAUAGUAUAGGAAAUAAUAGUAUCGGUGAAAAGA